GCAGCGGCGGCGAUUCCAGUGGGCGGGUUCUUAGCUUCCAUUGUUUGAGAGAUGUAUGUAUUAAUUCAUCUCCUUAGUGGUAGAAACAGCUGUCGAUCUGGCAAGGACAGUUACUCUUUGUCUUCUCUCCAGUUAUGUGUGGAUCACGCCGCAUAAAUGGACAUCACGUGAUUACGCGUCAGGAAUUUCGCGAACUUCUCUCCGCCAUCUAGUUAACCCCACCUCCUCGCGAUAAGGUGAUUUAUAUCACAAAGGACGCUUCGCUGAAUGGGCGAUAUGGCCUGGCUAUAAUACACGUCGGCCAGGCCCAAAACAGUGGAUGGAGGGUUGCCAGAUAUCCCACAAUUGUUGUCACAGAUGGCGGCUAUAGAUGAGCGUGAUAAUGGUUAUCCCGUGAAGCGGCGGAAGACUGGUGAGCAAGUUGAGACCCUGAAACCAGAAACUCCUUCAGCAACCUGCGGCGGCUUCGAAAAUUCGAGGCCUGACUUGGACCUCGACACCUUUGGUACAGAUACGGACGCAGCUGAGUCCAAGCCAGACACGGACGGCCCCACGGAGCUGGAAAGCGCUCUCCCACAUCUAGAUCAGGGAAAGGAUGCUAUCGUAGAUUACGAGGCUAUACAGCUGUUCGAGAAGGAUCUAAAUAUAUCCAAAGACCUUGAAGAUAAUUUAAACUCCCAGAAAUUACCCAGUGGCCGCCGGUCAAUUUACGUCGAUGCCUUCAACCUAGCUUUGGAAACUGUCCUUGAUGAAGAAAGCCAUUUAUUUGACGAGAGAGAGGGGAAAGUAUUUGACGAGUGGCGCGGAUUGAGUUAUGAGGCCCAGUAUCUUUAUGUCCGAUUAUUUCUCAGAAAGACGUCGGCCUGGCAUCGUACUUCAAAACUGGGGUAUCAUUCCGAUAUAUCAGAUAUUUCCGCUGCUAUUGGGAGUCUACAGUCAUCUCGUCCUCUGUCGCGGGUCUCAGAGGCAGGACUGAUCACAGAUGUUAAGAUAGAAGACUCGGAUUCUCAACUGGAAGGCAACUCAUUUACUUUUGCCGAUGCAUUGACUGAGGAUACCACGACGCUGGAGGAGGUAUCAUCAUUGCUGUCGUUGGAUGAAUUGAAGAGCAUCGGCAAGGAAGCAAGGGUUCGAGGAAAGAACAAAACGGAGCUUCUGAGCGCUCUUCGACGUAUGAGUCGGGCUCAAAGCGGUCUUGGUUCGGUGGGCCUGAAGAUACUGAAAUCGAAAUCUAAUCUGGAAAUAGUAUCCCCUGAGAUCAGGAUAUCAGAUAUCCCUCAUAUCUCGGCCGGGAACAGUGACGUGGUUCACCAGGACGAGAAUGCCACUCGUUCAAACGGCAAUGUGAAAUUGUCAGAUCAGACAUUCGGCGAAAAUAAUAGGGAUAGACACUUCAUCCUCAGGAUUCUUGGCAAUAUUGGGUCCUGCAUUCGACUUUCGUCCAGUACGUUGAAACUUUUCGAAAGAGUACACAUGGUUUAUUACAGAUCAACUAAAUGGACGGAUAAAUCACUCACAACGAUUAUUCUGGCACGGAUUCAGAAGAGGAAUUUUCCAAAUUAUUUAAUUUGUAGGUCAGCAAAUAUAUUCCCAUCGAGGGCCAUGUUACUUGAAUUCGAAGCAAGUAUCCGCCUCCAACACCAGGUUGACAGCGUACUCGAAAAUGGUCUACAGGAUAAUCAGGUACAGGAAGAAAUGCUAUCCAUUUUCGAGGAGGUCUACCCCAAAUGGCAGGCUCUGGUAGCAGAUGAGCAGCACAAGGAGGAACGGGUCUAUGAAAGCGGAGAGGGAGCAUAUCUACGACUCUUUUCGCCUUGCUCGGUGUAUACACGCAUUAUAUUCAAGGCGACUUUGGUAUUUGGACGGCUGAAGAUGUAUGAGCGUGAACAUAGUGUGUUGACGGAACUUCUGGAACAACGGCUCUUCACUUAUCGUCGGGGUGGCAUAUACCAGAGAAAGGCGCUUCUUGAGGAGCAUUACUUGGCAGACGCCGGAGCCAACUCAACGGAAACAGCUGGAAUGAGCCAGGACCAAUUGAAAAGAUAUUGGAAGCGGUCAUCACUGAAGACGGCCGAAGAAGGUUUACAGGACCGUGACUGUCACGUAAUAUACCAUUACGAUUUGGAGAAGCGCAUAGUCAAGCUCGAGAAGGCUAUAAAAACCCCAAAGAGGGAACAGCACGACUUUGGACACACACGGCUUAUCACGCCCAUAGAGAGGAAUGUUGAGGGUAUACAAGUUCGAGUCAUACCUGCUGAUGUUGGGCGCGCGGGUGCUGAGGAACGGCGAAGUGCCAAAACGAUAUGGGUGGAUGAGAAGGAUGGUGGUGGCGAAUGCAGCGUUGAAGCUAUGUGCCUUUCAUGGUAUCGAAAUCAGGGGUGGAAAGGUUACCAUGCUGAAGGUGGCAUUCUUCAAACCCUCUUCGCAUACCUCUUCUAUGAUAUCCUCUUCGCCUAUAUCCCGAAUGUUUUCCAGACGGAAUUCCAGACCUGCCCCCUGGAUCUAUACACCGAGGCGUUUUUCCCCUCACGCGCAUCCGAGAUACACCACCGACUUGCUGAGCUAUCGAAUGGCGGUGCAGGGCGAUUAAUCCGCGAAGUCGACGAGCGAGAAAGAGAGAGGCGCACUUGCGUGGUCGGCUUGAACUGGGACUUCGCGGUCGACGAUCUGCUAGAGAUUGCAGCUUGUUUUGACGGCUCAGCUCUGGCCAGUAUCUGUAUGGUGAUGGCGCAGGAUUAUCGGCAGCGGGGAGGCGGCGUCCCUGAUUUGUUCUUGUGGAAUCCAGAGACGAGCCAAGUGAUGUUCUCUGAGGUUAAGUCCGAGAACGACAGGCUUUCUGACACCCAGCGCUUGUGGAUUCACGUCCUUAUGAGCUCAGGGGUGAAGGUCGAGCUGUGCAACGCCGUGGCAAGAGAGAUGAGGACAAGAGAGGAAUGAGACGAAACAGAGACUGCAGGUUCAACAUGACCGCAGUCAACUGUUAAAGGCCUACCUGGAGGACGAGUGAGAGAUGGGAUGAAACCUGGACCCUGCGCCUGUCUGGGUAGAAGGAGAAAGGGAUGGUUGAACACAAUCGUAGUCAACUGAAGGGGCCCUACCUGAGAACGAAGAGGAAUGCGACAAAACCUGGACCCUGCGCUUGUCUGGGUGGAAACAGAAGAGGAGGGUCAAACACAACCACCCUCAACUGGCAGGGACCUACCUGAACGACGCGUUUAGACAAAGCAUUGUGAUGCCCGCAGCCACUGGUGCCUCCUACACAUCGAUGACAUUCAUAGGAGACUGAUGACAUUCUCGGGCGCUCCUCACAAUCGGCAAACAUGUCCUAUUCCGGUCCCAUCUGUCUGGUCGUGAGACACAAAGGGGCAGUGUGAGGAUAGGAGAGGCUGAUCAUACCCGCGGAAAUAUCGAAUUUCGGGGGGAGAGGAUGCAAACAUUGGGCUUUCCCAUUUCAUAUUUCAUGUAUAUACAUAUAUUUAUACCAACUUUGAAUAUGUGUGUGAUUGGGUGCCAGCCCACAGGGAACAAUAUCGCAAUGUGACGGCCGUGAGACAGGAACGACUUGGCGAUGUGGUGUGAAUUCGAUAUGUGGGACUUGUACCUUGUGCGAAUAUCCGGGGCAAGUGACACCACAUUAGGGAAGAGAAGGAUAAUGGAAACAGGCAAAAAAUGGGGGUUUGGUGGGGGAUCGGUCGGCGGGCAAGGGCACGAAAGGCACGAAUAGCUCAGGUUGGACGUCACGUCAUCCGCCCCAUGCGGUGGCAUCAUUUACUAGCGCGCUUCUGUGCAGAGGUAUACUGCAGUACUUUGCGUUGGUUCUGGUCUGCGUGAACAAAUUUUAAUCUCGGACCCCAGGUAGAGAAGUACAUCUGAUCUAUCUGAUCUGGCCCGGCAGUGUCGUC